UCAUAGAGUUGUAUGUAGAAUAUCAUCCCUGAUAUUCCAGUAUAGUGCUGAGAAAGUUUCAGGGUUGAAGGAUUAAAAGAAAAUUUAUUUUUUUUAAUGAAAUUGAGAGAAUCACGAAAUGAUAUGUUUUUCUUUUGAAUAACAUUCCCUCAGAAUAAUUAUUGGAUAUCGAAAAAUGAGUAAGAAUUCAAUAUCAAAAUGAAUAGGAAAACGUCUUCUUUCCAUUCGUGUCUGGAUUAUUUUCAUCCGACAAAUAGUUAUUUCUUAAUUUAUUAUUAAGUUCAUAAUGUCAAGACAUUCCGUGCAGAGAACAUGAAAUUUUCAACAUGUUAGAAACUUUUUUGUUUCAAAAGAUGCGAGUGAGUGGUGAAAGCGACAAAGUUUUUCAGGAAAAGUUGGAAUUCUUUUUCCAAUUAUUGUCAAAAGUAGUCAGAAGAACGUUUUUUGGCAUCUCAGUAUAAACUCAUUAUACAGUAUAAUAUAAUGAAUCAUCAAAGGAAUAAGGAGGAAAAGAAUGUUUUGUGCUAUAGUUUGUGGCUUUGUACAAAUAGGAUGAGUAUGUGGUUUGAGAAUGAUAAGAUAAAACUUUAAGAUUUCGAAAUAUAUGCAGGCUACGAUCAACACAGUAGUUAUUUACCCUACCAGCAUGCACUAUUGAUAACCUUUUCUCUUCUGCUCCAACUAUUUUCUGAUCAUUGAACAAAAAUUCAGAAAACAAGUAGUAGGCUACUGUUUAUACUGGUAGAGGAAGGUAUCUAUAAGUUGUAUACCGGAUAAUCUUAUUUCGCAAAACAAGAAAUAUGGUUUUAUCAACGAUAUUUUACUCUCGCCUGCUGUUUGUGAUGUCCAUAGUCAUAGCCGUCACAUUGACUAUAAUAAGUAAGAUUGUCAUGGACAAAUUGUUCGGUCCUCAAUAUUAUACUAAUGAGAGUCAAGGUAACACAAAUGUACAGAAUAGUUCAGAAACCGUUUGUAAGGGCCAUACAGGUUGCAUAGAGGAUAAUGACUCACAACAAGGAGAGAAAAAUAACCAGAGAAUAAUUGUCAAUACCCACAACAGAUUGAGAGCAACAGUUGCACUUGGUCAGCUUGAGAGUCAGCCACCAGCUCAAAACAUGCAGUUGAUGGAUUGGGAUAGCAAACUAGCUUCAAGAGCACAGUUUUGGGCCGACCAACACAUGUUUAAGCACGAUGAUGAUAGAGGCGAAAGUGAGUGCAUUUUCCUAAGUUAUAAUAGAAUCUAA